AUGCUAUUUAUGAAGAUGGACCUGUUGAACUACCAGUACUUGGACAAGAUGAACAACAAUAUCGGCAUUCUGUGCUAUGAAGGUGAAGCAGCUCUAAGAGGGGAGCCCAGAAUGCAGUCUCUUCCUGUGUCCUCUGCUCUCACCAACCACCGAACAGGCCCUCCUCCCAUCAGUCCCAACAAGAGGAAGCUCAGCAUGGACCAAGGGGAUGAGGAGCUGGACUGUGAAAACGACCAUGUUUCUAAAAUGAGUCGAAUGUUCAAUCCGCAUCUAAACAAGACCGCCAAUGGAGAUUACCGGAAGGAGCACCGGGAGAGGAGCCGCAGCCCAAUCGAGAGGGCUGCUGCCCCAACAAUGAGCCUCCACGGCAAUCAUGUCUACACCUCAAUCCCAAGCCUGACCAUGGAUCAACCUCUAGCACUGACCAAAAACAGCACGGAUGCAACCCGCACAGUUGGCAUCACCCCUACACUGACUUCUGUGGAACGGCAGCAGAACCGUCCAUCUGUCAUCACCUGUGCUUCUGCCAGCACCCGGAACUGUAACCUCUCCCACUGCCCCAUCGCCCACAGCGGCUGUGGCUCUGCUGUGCCUGCCUACAGAAGACCUUCCAGCACUACCACUGCCUGUGACCCGGUGGUAGAAGAGCACUUCCGCCGAAGCCUCGGCAAGAACUACAAGGAGCCUGAGCCAGUGGCAAACUCUGUGUCCAUCACGGGGUCGGUGGAUGACCACUUCGCCAAAGCACUUGGGGAUACCUGGCUUCAGAUCAAAGCUGCGAAGGACGGCGUUUCCAGCAGUCCCGAGUCUGCCUCACGGCGGGGCCAGUCUUCCCCUUCCUCUCAUAUGGUCAAUCAUAAUCACUCACCCUCCGUGGUCUCCUGA